CUUGAUUCGUUCUCAUAAUUAUCAGUUGAUUUUAUGCAGCAAAUGGACCCCACGAAGCAAGCGAAGGUGAUGCAAGAUUUCCAGAGGCAAUCAGCUCAAUUGGAUAUGACGACUGAAAUGAUGUCAGACGCCAUAGAUGAUGCUAUAGAUAAUGAUGAAGCGGAAGAGGAAACUGAAGAUUUGACAAACCAGGUCCUUGAUGAAAUUGGAGUCGAUGUUGCCUCACAGCUGUCAACGGCUCCCAAGGGGAAAGUUAUUGGAAAAAGGAUUGAGGAAUCAAGCAGUUCGGGGAUUGAUGAACUGGAGAAGCGAUUGGCUGCACUUAGAAAUCCUUGAUCUCAAUAUCUUGGACUAGUCCUUAUGUUGUCUCCAACCUGAAACAAGAAUUUCCAUAAGUUGUGUACAUGAUUUUGCUCCAAGAAUGAUGUGAUGCAUCAAUCCUUGGUCCUCUUGUUACAAUUGGCCGUCUGAAAGCUACAAACAAUGUAUUAGUUGUUUGAUAAAAUCUUGGCAUGGCUUUCUUCUUUCAUCUGUCAUGAAA